AUGCAUCCGCCUCAGCUGAGGGUAAUUUUCUGGAUUGGAGUACACUUCGUCCAUGGUGCAACCAGUUAUCUUGAAGUUGAUGAAGAAAAACUAAAGGAAUUCGCUCUAUUUGGCAUACCGCAAAAACCCACAAGCGUUGAUGAAGAAAAACUAAAGGAAUCGGCUUAUUAUGGCAUAUCGAAAACUAAAAAUGCAAGAGAAAAAUCCAAAAACUCGAGAUAUUCAUCUCAAGACCAGAAAAUUGACCAGUUAAACUCUGUCUUGGAAAAAGAUGACCACGAAAAGUCGUUAAAGAAAACGCACAAGAAUGAAGAUCUUUCAAACUCUAUCUCGAAGAAUGACUAUGAAAGAAGCUCUUUAUAUGAAAAAUUGCCAAAUGAGGAAGAAAACUCUGUCCUAAAAGAUCAUCGUGAUUCUUUGAAUUAUACCAGAAAAGAAGGCGACUUACAUGUUUUGCGGAAUAACCACUCUGAAGAGUUGCAGAAGAAUCCACAUAAGAAAGAAGAGCAUGAAGAAGCUACGAACUCUAUCUCGGAAAAUGACCCUGAAGAUUUACCAAGGAAUCCGGACAAUGAGAGCGAGGUUUCAAACGCUAUCCCAGGAGAUGAUGACAAUGCAAAUGACUACGAAAGGGAAAAGGAGUGGUGGAAUGAAUGGGCGCAGAAUUACAGUGAAAAAGACGAAGGCUGGAGCAUAAGAGGUCGUGGUCUGCAUCUCUCCAUUCUUGGUCCCCCUCUACUGCGUGGCCGCCUCCGAGAUGAACUUAAAUGA